AUGGAUAUCAAGUUUGCGCCCGCAAAGAGGGUGGCAGGACAAAAGCCAGAUGUCUGGUCUAUAGUCAACGAGGCUGCUGCUGCCUCACCAAAGCAGCCCAUUGUGAACAUGGGUCAAGGAUUUUUCGGCUAUAACCCUCCUCAAUUCAUCAUCGAUGCCGCAAAAGGCGCCCUUGACCGAGUUGAGUGCAACCAGUACUCCCCCACCAAAGGCCGACCUAGAUUGAAGAAGGCUAUUGCAGAUGCAUACACCCCGUUCUUCGGCCGGAAGCUGGAUCCCGAAACCGAAGUUACAAUUACAACCGGGGCCAACGAAGGCAUGCUUAGCGCCUUCAUGGGAUUCGUUGAGCAGGGCGAUGAGGUGAUUGUGUUCGAACCCUUCUUCGAUCAAUAUUUAUCCAAUAUCGAGAUGCCUGGUGGGACUGUGCGAUAUGUCCCCAUGCACCCUCCAGCAGACGGUGCCGAGCGAACAUCGUCAGCGUCCAACUGGACCAUUGAUUGGGAUGUACUAGAGAAGACUUUCAACGAGAAGACCAAAAUGAUUGUUCUCAACUCACCGCACAACCCCGUCGGCAAAGUCUUCUCCAAAGAAGAGCUCACCCGCAUCGGCGAUCUUUGCCUCAAGCACGAAGUUCUGAUUCUCUCAGACGAGGUCUACGACCGGCUGUACUACGUUCCUUUCACUAGAAUCGCGACACUUUCUCCUGAGCUUGCGAAGAUCACUCUCACAGUAGGCUCUGCUGGCAAGAACUUCUAUGCGACCGGCUGGCGAGUCGGCUACCUCAUCGGCCCACCCGAGCUGAUCAAAUACGUGGCCGCAGCUCAUACUCGGAUUUGCUACUCCUCGGUCUCACCAUUACAAGAGGCAGCUGCCAUUGGAUUCGAGGAGGCGGACAAGCAUGGCUUCUGGGAUACAGCCAUUACUGAGAUGAAGGGCAAAGUUGACCGCUUCUGCCAGGUCUUUGAUGAGCUUGAGAUCCCCUACUCGAUACCAGAGGGCGGGUACUUUGUGCUGGCCAAUCUUUCUAAGGUCAAGCUUCCAGAAGGAUACGAAUUUCCCCCGCAAGUCCGCGACCGGCCAAGGGACUUCAAAAUGAGCUGGUUUUUGAUUGUCGAGUUGGGUGUUGCGGCCAUUCCUCCAACAGAAUUCUACACAGACGAGAAGGCACACCUGGCCGAGGACUGGCUUAGAUUUGCCGUGUGCAAGAACGACGAUGUUUUAGAGACGGCGAAGGAGCGUCUGAGAGGCCUGAAGAAGUGGAUGAAAUGA